UCUAGGUAGUAGUUCUGUUUUGUAAGGACAUGAAUAGAUAUUCAGCUUCCUGGUGGACAAAACAACAUAAGAAUGAGCCAUUUUUCGCAGCUCAUCACACAAGAAGACAACAACAAUGCAUACAAGAAAAUCAUGUUGCCCCAGAACAAACAAGUUCACAUAAUCAUUCCCUUGAAUUGUCUGCCGCUGCUACUUCCCAAAAUACUCUACCUAUGCUACAUGCCUUCGUUAUUAUGCUGCUGCUUGUUACUUCAGUUAGUCCAGUACUGUCUCACCCCAUAGCCUCAGAACUAUCUCACCCCAAUGCAAACCAAACUUUUAGACCAGGUGUAGCGUUGCACAAGUUGAGAAGAAUCAGAGCUCAAUUGAAGAAGAUAAACAAGCCUGCUGUGAAGACAAUUAAGAGUCCAGAUGGGGAUUUGAUAGAUUGUGUUUUAUCUCAUCAGCAACCAGCUUUUGACCAUCCUGAGCUUAAAGGACAAAGACCAUUGGAUCCACCUGAAAGGCCUAAGGGACACACCAAUGGAGAAAUGGUAACAGAGAGCUUUCAGCUUUGGAGUGAUGCUGGUGAAGCAUGCCCAGAAGGAACUGUUCCAAUCAGAAGAACGAGAGAGCAAGAUUUUCUAAGAGCAAGCUCUAUCGCAAGAUUUGGUAGAAAACCAAGAGGUGUACGGAGAGACUCAUCAGCCACUGGUCAUGAGCAUGCAGUUCUUUUUGUAAAUGGAGAUCAAUACUACGGAGCAAAAGCAAGCAUAAACGUGUGGACACCCAGCGUAACCGAUCAAUACGAAUUCAGCUUAUCACAGAUAUGGGUUAUUGCUGGAUCGUUUGGUAAUGAUCUGAAUACCAUCGAAGCUGGAUGGCAGGUAAGCCCUGAGCUAUAUGGUGACAACUAUCCUAGGUUCUUCACUUAUUGGACAACAGAUGCAUAUCAAGCAACUGGAUGCUACAACUUGUUAUGUUCAGGAUUUAUUCAGACUAACAACAGGAUAGCAAUAGGGGCUGCAAUCACCCCAAGAUCCGUCUACAAUGGUAGACAAUUUGAUAUUGGCUUAAUGGUUUGGAAGGACCCAAAACAUGGACAUUGGUGGCUGGAGUUUGGUUCGGGGCUACUAGUUGGUUACUGGCCAGCAUUCUUGUUUAGUCACUUGAGAAGCCAUGCAAGCAUGGUACAAUUUGGUGGAGAAAUUGUGAAUUCUCGUUCAAGGGGCUACCACACUGGGACUCAAAUGGGAAGUGGCCAUUUUGCAGAAGAAGGUUUUAGAAAAGCAGCAUAUUUUAGGAACUUACAAGUUGUUGAUUGGGACAACAACUUGCUUCCUCUAUCAAAUAUUCACCAGUUGGCUGAUCAUUCCAAUUGCUAUGACAUAAUGGAGGGGAGAAACAAUGUUUGGGGAACUUACUUUUAUUAUGGAGGUCCUGGAAGGAAUGUGAGAUGUCCAUGAAGUAAUUGGCUUCUAAUAUAUAGGCUUCCAUGUUAUAAAUAUACAUAAUAUUAUUUAUUUUUUUCUUUCUCCCACUUUCUUUUUUUCUUUUGGGGAUUUUGCUCUCAUUACAAGCUUCACAUGGUUUGGCUAUAUUUGUUAAUUUUGCCAUAAUUUUAUUUUUCCCUAACAGGUUAGAGAUAGUUUGUUUUGUUAUUAGGGAUGAUGUAAAUCUAUGAAGAAUAUGUUGUCAAUUUAUAACAUUG